UGUUCUCCAAAAGAAAAAGGAAGGAAAAAAAUUGAAAAUUGGAAAAUCUAUGGCGACCAUGUCUUCAAGAAUUGUUAUCGGCUAUCCAAAUCUUAAAUCCCAAUUCCCUUCAGUCAUUUCUUCUUCUUUUCACUUCCUUACUCCGAAGAAAGUUAGCUUUAAACCCACCAAGCAAAUCACUUUGAAAGGCAACGCUGGUGGUAACUCCCGUUUCAUGGUCAAGGUCUCUUCUUCUCCUGCCCCUGAAUUCUCCACCAACAUCGGCGAUAUACUCGGCGAAGUUACCGUUUUCACCGCUUCGGGUCAACCGGUUUUGUUCAGAGACCUUUGGGACCAAAAUGAGGGAGUAGCUGUGGUUGCAUUCUUGAGGCAUUUCGGAUGCUUUUGUUGUUGGGAACUUGCUUCAGUUCUGAAAGAAGCAAUGCCUAAAUUUGAUUCAGCUGGUGUGAAAUUAAUUGUUGUUGGCGUUGGCACUCCCGAUAAAGCUCGUAUCCUUGCAGAGAGGGUUCCCUUUCCAAUGGACUCCCUUUAUGCUGAUCCUGAACGCAAGGCAUAUGAUGUUCUGGGCUUAUACUAUGGUCUUGGGCGCACAUUUUUCAAUCCGGCCAGUGCAAAGGUGUUCUCAAGAGUUGAUCAAGUGAAGAAAGCUAUGGAAAACUAUACCAUCAAGGCAACCCCAGAUGACGUGAGCAGUGUAUUACAACAGGGAGGGAUGUUUGUCUUCAAAGGUAAUCAAUUGUUGUACGCACGAAAAGACGAAGGGACGGGCGAUCAUGCUCCUUUAGACGACAUCUUUGAUGUUUGCCGCAGAACUCCAGUUGCAUGAAGUGUUUUGUAAACUGUAUAUUAUUCGAUUUGUCACUUUUGACAGAUAUUACUUUAUAAUUAUCUCAUACUAUUUAAAAAAGUUUACAUAUUUUGAUCAAACUAUGAGUACUGUUAUGAAUUUUGAUUUGUAUACAUUUUAGUCCUUACUCUA